UUAAAAUAUUCUUUAUUUUUGGGAAACUUAGCCUCGAUUACCUCGAAAGUAAUCGGAAAGUGCUUUGGAAGUCGGGAAAUGGAACUACAAGGCCUACAAGAGGCGUUGAAAGUUGAAAUCCAGUGUCAUCAGAAACUAGUUGCACAGAUGAAGCAAGACCCACAGGAUGGAGAGCUUAAGAAACAACUACACGAAAGGCAAACAAGAAUAACCGCCCUUAGCGAAAAACAAAAGCUGGCGGUCCGAGGCUGUCCCGUGGGGAACCCCAAGCCCCUCCCCCUCAUCAAACCUCCCGCCCAGAGCAUCGCCAUCUCCGUGCUUCCCGCCAAGGCCCCCGUCUCCAUGGUGACGCCGCACAUCAACGGCCAGAAGGCGCUGUGCUCGGAGCCCCUGCAGACGGCCCCCGCCGGGAUGCCCGGGCUCAGCCGGAGAGCAGGGGAGCCCCCCCACUCACAGAUGUUGGGAGCUCUCACUGCUCUCCCCAUUAAGGUUCCUCAGGUCAGCUCUCUGCACCGAUUGGCUGUACAGGCGCCUGCCCUGCUACCUCAGGUCCGGCCGAAGUCGCUGAUCCCGGACAGCCUGCCCCGCAGCCCGAGCCAGGACCCCCCCAGCCGCCCCCCCGGCCUGCACCGCGUUACCGCGGUGAUCAGCCCCCGCAGCCAGGGCCCCGCCCACCCCACGCCCAACUGCACGGCCCGCCCCCUGCAGCCGCUGGCCAAUGGGCAGCCGGAGCCUGGCUCCGCCUCCAUCAGCAGCGCGGGCGUGGCCUACGCCAUCAUCUCUGCCUCCUCAUCCACUGGCCCCGCCCCCAUCAGCGUCAGCCCCGCCCCCAUCAGCGUCAGCCCCGCCUCCGUUAGCGAAGCUGUGAAGGUGAUCAUCAUCCAGCCACAGGCCCCAGGCAGCUCCCACACCUCCCCCCCACCCCCGCCCGACAGCCCCGCCCGAGACGCCCCGCCCUCCCCCUCCCCCCCUGCCAAGAAGAAGAGGGAGGAGGACCCGGAGAAAAUUGCCUUCAUGGUAGCUCUCGGCCUGGUCACAACAGAACACCUGGAAGAGCUCCAGAGGAAGAGGCAGGAGAGGAAGAGGAGGACCACAGCUAACCCCACCUACAGCGGCCUGUUUGAGCCUGAGCGUAAACGUCUGGCGUCACAUUACCUGAGCAGCCCCCUCUACCUGUCAGCCAGAGACACUGAGGAUCUGUGCUGGAAGGACGAUGCAGAGCGUGAGGAGGUGUGUGCGGUGUGUAAGGAGGACGGAGAGCUCCAGCCCUGCCACACCUGCGCCCGCUCCUACCACCCCGACUGCCUGCAGCCCCCGCUCCAGACCCCCCCCAAGGGUGCCUGGAUGUGCCCCAAGUGCCAGAGGAAGGUACUGAACAAAGAUCUGUCCUGGCCCCAGAGUUUCAUUCAGUCUUACAUGACUCACAAAACAGUGCGGGAGGAGGAGAAGAGGAGGCUCAUGAGGAGGAACAGUGAGCUGAAGGAGGAGUGGGACUCUCUGGAGGAGCAGGACCAGCGGCUCAGCCAGGCCAUCGAGGAGUGUGUGGAGCUGAAGCAGAGGCUGAUGGGACAGCAGCGGGAGGCUCAGUCCUCCCUGGAGCGUGUAAAGGCCCUGAUCCGCCUCAUCCAGCGAGACCAGGUCAUCCAGGUCACCAUGACGACCACCACCUCCGGCGCCUCCCUGCUCUCCCUGCCCUGGAUCAAACCCAGCAGCACCUCCACAGCGCCCUCUGUGGACCCCUGCGCGCUACUGCAAGGCCUGCCCCUCAACCACCCAGGCCACAACUGAUCAUGCCUGACCCCACUGACACACACACAGCUCCCCCACAACCCCACAACACCAGAAACACACACUCACACACACACACUCAGCCCACACACACUCACACCCACACUCACACCCCCCCCCCCCCCACAAACACACACUCACAGCCCACUCACACACACACACUCACUCACACACACACACACACACACACACACACACACACACUCACAGCCCUAAGCCAAUUGCCACUGGCCGGAGUCUUGGCUUGCUACCCUUGGCAUAUGCUCAAACAGACGUUUUUUAUGUUUGAUAGACAAUUGAAAGGUUUUCAUUCAACCAACGAGGGGCUUCAGGACCCAUAUCCCAUGUGUAUUUUAUAAACCCGACACCUUCAGUGCUUACAAUAUUUUUUUUACUAAUUGAUUUUUUUUUAUUUAUUAAUGUUCUUGGCCUUAAUGUAUUUAUGAAUAAUAACGCCUGUCCCGGAUAUAUGAGAAGAGUAUUCAGCGAGGCGAGUUUUUUUAACAGUAAUAAUAAUCAUAAUCAUAACGGGGGAACUUUAGCAGCCCGUCGUCGUAGUCACAGAGACAUGGAGAUAAUAUUAAAUCAAAAGGACUGUACAUUGAUAUAUCCAAGUACUUGUUACACUUGUUCUUAUUUCCGAUGGACAAUGUUCGCCAUAUUAAUUCAGGUGAAAGGGGGAAGGGGGUACGUUUUCAUUGUGUAUGUAUGAAUCUUAUGAGCCUUCAAAACAAAACAGAGAAUAACUUUUUUUCAGUAUUAAUAUAGUUGAGAUCAAAAAGUAUUUAAAAAAAAGACACAGAAUUUAGCAUUUUUAGUGAAGAAUUGAGUAUUUUGAUGCUGAUGCCUGUUGGUAAUGCGGAGGGAGGCGUGGAGUUUGCUGUACACACGUCGUGUUGAUCUGUAUUUUCUUUGAGUCGCGCAGCAGGAGUUAGGAGCUUGUAUGACCGCGGCAGCCCGACGCAAACGCUUUCGGCCGUUUGUGUUCGUAUGCGCGCGUGGCUCUCCUGUCCGUUACCACCUCCUAUCACCAGUAUAGAAAUUAUGCCAAAAAAUAUUCUAAUGUUUUUGUACUGGGACCUCCAUCAUCUUUUUUCAGACUCGUUCUUUUAUCAGUUGUCCCUACCUGUUGU